AAAAAAGUAAUCGAUAAGGUCAGAUCAUCAGAAGAUAAGUUUCAUGCCGUUGAGUGAAAAUAAGAUACAGUCAGUCGAAUGAAAAAUGGUGAUAGUGGAGAAUAGCGUGAUUACACAUGAAGACAGCGAAUCCUUUUCCAAACCAUGCGAAGUUCUGACGAUGCCAGCAUCGAAUGGCGUCGCUGGAUCUGGCGAGAAACAAAUAGACGAAAACUUGUCGAAAGUAGUUGAUGGCCUGAUGGAAGUCAAACUCUUCAAGAGACGAUGGCUCCAGCUCGUGCUGUUCUUCAUUCUCGGUAUAAGCAGUGGCGUGCACUUUGCUCAAUUCGCGAUCAUCGCCAAUAUAACGCGCAGGUUUUACAACGUUUCCUCACUGGCGGUGGAGUGGACCGUCACAAUUUACAUGAUAGAAUACGUGACUUUGCUGAUACCGGUCUCUUAUUUGACCAAUCGCGUCGGUUUGAGGUGGACUAUCCUGAUGACCACGAUUGGUGUGACUCUCGGCUCGUGGAUUAAGGUUUUCGCAGCAUCUCCCGACCGUUUUUACUUGAUACUCGUUGCGCAAGUUCUGUUCGGCGUGUUGCAAGUCUUCGUCUUCAGCGUUCCUGGCCGAUUGGCUUCUCAUUGGUUUGGCCCAAAAGAAGUCGCCCUUGCCACGGCCGUCGGUUUUUAUGGACCUCAGGCGGGCAUUAUUGUAUGUUCCGUGUCUGUUCCUAUGGUCGUUGAAGAUCACGAGAAUUCCGAAGACAUCGGGACGGAGUUCUCAUUAAUUUUUUGGUCACAGGCAAUCGGGUCCAGCAUCGUCACGGUUAUAUUAUUUUUUUUUUUUCUCGAAGAACCACGCUUACCACCGAGUGGUGCAAGGGCACUCCAAAAAAUGAACCACGAAUCAGUGACUUUAGGCUUUCUGCCUACGUGUAAAAGAGUUCUAAAGAACAGGAGUUUUCUCAUGCUGUGGAACAGCUUUGGCCUGAUUAUGGGCGUUGCAUUGGGAUUGGGAGUCAUGUUGAAUCCAUUCUAUACGGCUCAUUUCAAGAACGACACAAGGACUGUUGGAUAUCUGUCAAUUUGGCUAGCCGUGGUUGGAGCCAUUGGCUCGGUAACCUGCGGUACCAUUCUUGACAAAACGAAGGCGUUCAGAAAGCUCUCGAUCGCCGUCUGCUGCUUUUCGAUCCUUGCAAUGUUGUUGUACGGAAUAAGCUUCACGCUGGAAUCAAAGUGGAUGAUAUUCGCGGGUCUUCUACUAUGCGCAGCUCCCGUAAUCGGAUACGGAACUGUUGGAAUGGAAUUGUGCGUGGAAAUAUCUUAUCCUGAGCCAGAAGCGAUCACCACCGGAAUUCUGAACAUGUCACCUCAGAUCUAUGGGUUCUUAAUCAUUCUGUUCGCUGGCAGGCUGCUGGAAAAUUACGGAGACGUACCGGCAUUUGCCUGUUUUUGUGCAUUUCUCGUUUUAGCGACCAUAUUAGUAAUUUUUAAUAAAAGCGAACUUCGACGCGAGAAAGCUAGGCAACUCACCAGCGGAUACGUCGCUGUUCCCGUCAAAGAAUUGACGCAAUCGAAAUCUCACGAGUUGAGAUCUACUCCGUGAUCUUAUUAUAGUAUUUCUAAAACGACUCACAUCAAACGAAAGAUUUCAAUAAUAUUUAAAUGUUGCAUUUCGAAGCUUAAACGAUGUGUUCAUGUGCUUAAUGCAAUCUACCAACCUCAGUAUUUUUUUCAACCAUUGAUUGCCUUCGCUAGAUAUUGUUUCAGAAAAAUUGAAACGACCGGGGCUACUUGCUUGAUAAAUAUAUGCUGAUGGAUUUUAUCGGUCAAAAUGAU